GUACCAGGGAUUCCCGGGCAUUGGAAGUGUUUAUGUUGUCUUUCUCUCUGAAUGUUUUACAACAUGUUUUCCAUCCUAUUUUGAAAACCAACAAAAUCAUCUACCUUGGAUCUGGUACAAGCAGUGUAUUCUCUGCGUCCCUCUCGCUUGACUGGGUGCUGUUUCAAGGGUGUUUUGGUUGAGCAACAUCUGGAAACUGCGUCUGUUUUUGAAUGCUGCGUCAUCUGUUUUGUACGACUGACUUGAUUUGAGAGCUCAAACUGUUUCAGAUUAAUCCUGGGUUUUCUGGGUUUAAUUAGAAGAUGAAUUACUCUUGACAAAUUACUUCAGUGAAAGGAAGUGAUGUCUUCCCAAGAACAGAGCAUAGAGGGAUUGGCCUCUAAUCCCUUUUUGGCCCUGUUUACUGAGCAUCCAUCGCCGAGUCUCAGUCAGCCAUUGAUCCCAGGGGGAGUGUCCACCUCCUCAGCACUAGCCCCACCUGUACAAAUCAGUUCCAAACAGCAAGACGAAGAGAUUAGAAAUAUCUCUACUGCCGAUGGAGAAAGCCAAGAACAAAUUCUAAAUGACCUACUCCAGAGGAUAUUUCUCAUCACACUUAAAAAUGAUCAUGACCGCCUGGGAUGCAAGGCUGUUGGCGGUCUGCCUAAGCGCUGUGUUUACCUUAGAGACUCAGCUUUGGACUCAGAAACAAGUCUUCUCAGCUUUGCAAACAUUGACCAGGCACUACUAGAGAGAUUGACAAUGCAGUACCCCCGUAAUAAUGUGGUCAUUACGGGCAGGGCUCGUUCCAUGUCAGUCUUGGAUGAAAUUGAAGCAGGAGAAGGAGAUAUUGUAAAGUACUUGGUCCAGUGCUUUUUUAGGGCCCGCACUGAUGCCACAAAACUAAAGGUUAAACAGCCUGAGAUCUUCAAACAUGCUGAAAAUGCCAAAAAGCUGGCCCUUUCCUAUGUUGGAACCUGCAUGUUAAGUAGCGAGAUGUUUCCCAACCAAAAUGGACACAAACAGCUCUUCAGCCUCCUCAUGUCGUCUCAAGACAAUAGAGAUAUAUACCAGUUCAUGGGUGAUUUUGUAAAGGAGUAUACGGAUGCUGAUGAAGUGGAAAUGAUCUUUUUACCACUUAUAGAAUUACUGGCUGAAAAGCAAAGUGAAUUUGACCUUGUCAAGCCGCAAACAUUCCAGUACCUGGAUUUUCUGUUAUUCAUUUCCAGGCAAAGUCAUAUUGCUGAACUUCUUACUAAAACUAGCUGGCUGCCACCUAAGCCACUACCAAUAUUCAGAAACCAGCCAUCAAUCUCUGGUAGAGCAUUUGAAAAACAGACACUUCUUGGCGGCUUCCUUGGCUUGACCAGUAUAGCAACAGAUCCUACAAAACCAUCGGAGUAUUUCCAUCGACCAGCAGAACAAACCCAGCAUGAGAUGCAGGGGAUUAUGGCAAGUUUGCGACUAAGCUUGGAUACACUGAGCAACAAGUUGUACAGGGCACUUUUUGAGGUGUUGCGUUCCUCACCUGGGAAUAAGCACAAAUUACUGCAUUGGAUUGGAUCAUGUCUCCAUGCCAAUAGACUUCGGAAAAAGAUGAUGUCCGAGCUGUUUGCCACCACCUUGGCUGAUGAUGGCUUUUUCCUCAACCUCGGCACUGCCAUGCUCCGACUCUGUCAACCAUUCCUGGACCCAUCUUCUCCAAAACUGUUAAAGAUUGAUCCUCGCUACUGUGCUGUUGCAGUAACAGAAAGCAGUAUCACUCAGGAAGAUACGCCAAUUCAUUGCAUAGGCUUGAAUGAGGAAACAAGGCUCAUUAUCCCCCAAGAUGAGUCUACUGUAUCUGUGGAGCCAACACCUGCUUUUGGAUUUGUCACAGAGUGCUUUUUUAUGACACAUUACUGCCUGCAAUUAGGGUUUGGGAAGAUCUGUGAGAAAUACAAGAGCCUAAUGACAAGAUUGUCAGAGCUUCAGCGUGUUUACCAGAGUACCUAUGACCAAGGGGGAGAAAGUUCCCUGGCUGGAAGACUCAAGGACAAAUUUGAGCUGGGCAUCAUUCAGCAACUUUCCUUGAAGACACAUCUGUUAAACCCCAGCAUGAUUGAGCUUACACUUCGAUUUUACAUUGCGACCACCUCCUGGAUCAACCAAGUGGCCCUAGCUGGUGAUAAUUUCCUCGAGAUGACAGAGUUUGUGGAGGUUGCGAUGCCCCUUGCUGACCAGACGCCCGCUGCGCUUCUGUUUGUUCCUGAGUUUAUCCUAGACAACAUGGCAGACUUUAUUAUUUUCCUCAGACAUUUUAGUGAGGAAACAUUAGAAACAGCUGGAAAAGGUCUCCACCACCUUCUCACAUUCUUUGUGAUAUACAUGGGGAGUCCAGAGAGGGUGAAGAAUCCUCACCUGAGAGCCAAACUUGCGGAAGCUCUAGAGUGCCUUGUACCUGUCCAGAGAGAACCACGCGAGGGACAGAGUCCAGUCACUGUUUACCAUCGUCAGCUAGCAUUUGAACAGCACGCUGAAGCAAAGAAGCACUUGCCUUGUGCUUUGCUCUCUCUAUUUGUAGACAUUGAGUUCACAGGGCAUUCUAUGCAAUUUGAGCAGAAAUUUGGAUACCGUCACCACAUGUACACAGUGUUGGAGUAUUUAUGGAGCAUGCAGGAGUACAAGCAAUCAAUACUGGAUUUAUGCAGUGAGAUGCAGCAAAAGAAUGAAAACUCUAUUAUUCUUCGCUUUAUCAGCCUGUUGAUAAAUGAUGCUAUCUAUCUACUUGAUGAGUCCUUGGAUUACAUGGCUCAGAUUAAAAAGAAGCAGCUUGAAGAAGCCGAACAAGAGAGCGAAACACUGUCUGAACAAGAACGAGAAACAAGGCAAAGAGCGUUUAGUCAACUAAGUCAAAUGGCGACAAGCCAUAACAUUCUUGGAUGUAAGACAGUGCACACCCUUAGCUACCUCACAACAGAGCUGAAAGAGCCAUUUGUGUGUUCAUGUGUCUGCUCAAGAAUUGCUGCAAUGCUUAAUUAUUUCUUGCUACAGUUGGUUGGUCCAAAGAUGUCAAAACUAAAGGUGAAAGAUUUUACCGAGUUUCACUUUAAACCUCAGCAGUUAGUGUCUGAUAUUGUGGAUAUUUACAUCAAUUUGGGCACAAGUGAAGCAUUUUGCAAGGAAGUUGGGAGAGAUGAACGCUCCUAUAAACCAGACUUGUUUAUCCAAGCAGAGAGAGUACUGAAAUUGAUUGGACGUCCAGCAAGUGUCCUAUUUCAGAUAAAUGAGGUAGCGCGGAAGGUACAGGAGCACUUAGAGGAGGAGGAAGAACUCCCUGAGCCCCCUGAGGACUACCAGGAUCCUAUUAUGAACACCUUGAUGAGGUGCCCAGUCAGGCUCCCCACAUCUGGGAAGAUUAUGGACAAGGAGAUCAUCUCAAGGCACCUUUUGAGUGAUCAGUCAGAUCCCUUCAAUAGAAAGCACCUCACCGUGUCGAUGCUUGAGCCAGAGGAAGACCUCAAAGCCGAAAUAGAAGAAUGGAUAGCUAGAAAUUCGACAAAAUCCAAAGGAAAAAGUGCUGGUAAUGACCAGAAGGAAAUGCAAUCCUGAAACCAGCUUGAAAAUAUGUUGUUGUUUAAGCAAAAAUUGUGAAUGAUAGAAUGGUGUGUCAAAUUUUUAAUAAAUUUAAGAAGUACAAUUUCCAAGUCCCAAAAUUGCAGUUCUUAAACAAGGCCCCAUUCUCUAUUUGAAGGGAUGUCUCUGAAUUUUUCCCCCAUUUUUAAGACAAACCUGACCUCCCUCUUUUUCUGAUUAGAUUGUUGGUUGUGUAACAGUAAGACCCAGGCAAUAUUCCAAUAAAACAAGAUAAUUAAAAAACGAAAA